UUUGCCUUUUGUUUUUCUUCCACAUUUACUCUGAAUUUAUCAGUUAUAUAAAUUCUAAUUAUCACGAGCAGUCUGAGUCGACUCCUGCACCGUCCUUGGCGUCAUUACUCCCAAACACCAAUUCCCAUACCAGUUCAGAAAAUCUUAUGAGCGUCGCACCACUCAUCGUCAAGGCUCGCGGCCUGCACACAGCAUCAGUCAUUUUCAUCCAUGGCCUGGGCGACAGCGGUUACGGCUGGAAAGACAUGGCCGCGGAUCUUUCGUCCAAGCUGCCUCACGUGAAAUUUAUCUUGCCUCACGCUCCUGAGCAGCCGGUGACCAUUAACAACGGGUUCCGGAUGCCCUCGUGGUACGACAUCAAGUCGCUCAGCAAGAUCGCCAACGAUGACGACGAGGUCGGCAUGAAUGCCUCAAUGGUGAAGAUUAACCAGGUCAUUCGCUCAGAGCUCGAUGCGGGGAUCCCCGCUAACCGCAUUGUGCUCGGCGGGUUCAGCCAGGGCGGCGCCAUGACGCUGUUCACGGGGCUGCAGUCAGAGUUCCAGCUAGGUGGUUUGGUUGUGCUGAGCGGGUACUUGCCUAUGCGCGAGCGCGUGCUGGCCAGGGCUACGGAUUGCAGCAAGAAAAUUCCCAUUUUCCAGGGCCAUGGAACCGCCGACGAGGUUGUCAUGUAUCAGUACGGCAAGAUGACCAGCGAUGCGUUAACCAAUAGCGGCUACAAUGUUGAGUUCAACUCGUACGACUACAUGGGCCACUCGGCGUGCAGCCAAGAGCUCGAUGACUUGAAGGACUUUUUGCAGAAAAACAUCCCGGAGAACGUUGUUGCAUGAAGGCGCUUCAUAAGUAAAUACAUGCACUGGGCAUAGAUUUUUUUAGCGCACCACCUCUUUUAUUUUUUCUUUCAAUUGUGCUGU